GUUGGUCGCGUAAUGUUUCCGUCCGCCGUCGACGGCAGCAUGGCGGCGUUCCGACUCAACGUGACCCAACAUCUCGGAUCAAUGUUGUCGUUUUAACUCUUCGUGACGUUAAAUUUGAGAGGGAGCAAAAUACUGCAGCGCAGCGUCUACUUUGACGACCUCAGCGGAAGCCCACCCCGAGAAAAGCAAGAAGGAAAUGCCUCACCGGAAGAAGAAGUCCUUCAUUGAGAAGAAGAAGGCGGUGACCUUCCACCUGGUGCACAGGAGCCAAAGGGACCCCCUGGCGGCAGAUGAGAAAGCGCCCCAGCACGUCCUGCUGCCCGCCGCCAAGGCGGACGCAGAGAAGCGGCGGGAGGAGCAGAGGAAUUUCGGCGUCUUCUUCGACGACGACUACGAUUACCUGCAGCACCUGAAGGAAGCUUCCGGAGGCACGGAGCUUCUGGCCGCCCGACCCUCGCCGCCGCGCCUUUGCGCCGAUGAUGAUGAUGCUCGGGAUGGUGAGCAGGACGCUGACCAGAAGGAGCGCUCGCUACCCGCGGCGAGCAUCCGGCUGCCGUCGUCGGUGUUCGCCUCCGACUUCGAGGAGGACGUGGGCCUCCUCAACAAAGCCGCUCCCGUCUCAGGGCCGCGGCUGGACAUGGACCCCGACAUCGUGGCCGCCCUGGACGAGGACUUUGACUUUGACGACCCCGACAACGCGCUGGAGGACGACUUCAUGGCCAAAGCCAACGGCGACGGCCGAGGAGACGAGGACGCGGACGGGGACUCGUGGGAGGACAUGGACGAUGACGAUGACGGGGGCGACGAGGCCUUUUCGGACGAGGAGGGCAGCGCUCGGGAGUUCUCGUUUGACGACGAGGAGACGGGGACUCGCUUCACCGACUACUCCAUGACGUCGUCGGUGAUGCGGAGGAACGAGCAGCUCACCCUGCUGGACGACCGCUUUGAGAAGUUCUACGAGCAGUUUGACGAGGAUGAGAUCGGCGCCCUGGACAACGCCGAGCUGGAAGGCUACCUGGCGCCCGACAGCGCCCGCCUGGAGGAGGUCAUCAAGGACUACUUUGCCCAGAAAGCCAAAGAGGCUCUGAGGCCAGACGACUUGGGCCCAAAACAACUUCCCGUCCUACAAGAGGAGAGCGAGGACGAGGACGAGGAGAUGGAAAUGGUGGUCGUCGGAGCUCCGGAGGACAAGUGGGACUGCGAGAGCAUCAUCAGCACCUACUCCAACAUCUACAACAGACCCAAAGUCAUCCCUCACCCCGCAAAGGCGAAGCCGAUCCGCGUGUCCGCCAGGACGGGGGUCCCCCUGGACGUCCUCCCCGCCAAAGGUCCCGGCGCCAGGCAGCUGGAGCGGAUAGGCAGGAUCGAUGGCGCCGACCUGCCGCGCGCCGCCGACCUGCCGCGCCGCAAAGACGAGAGCAAGGAGCAGAGGAAGGCCCGCAAGAACGCCGUCAAGGAGGAGCGCAAGGAGCGACGCCUGGAGAAGAAGGCCAACAAGGCGGCGUUCAAGGAGGAGAAGGCGCGCCAGGAGAAGAACAUGCUCAACCUCAGGAACAACCUCACGGGACUCAAACUCUCGUAGAGCACGCAAGACUCUUUGCCCCCCCCCCACCCGAGUCUGUUGCAAAGUGACAGCCGCCAUGGAUGUCUGGCAUCUCCCCAUUUUUUUCCUACGCGCAACCAGUUUUUCAUGUUGGGCCAUCGCCGCGGCAACGUCACGCCGCAUUCCCAGAAGGGGCGAGGCGCAGGUGAUUCACACGUUGGACGCGCGGCCACGCACGCCGAAAAGUCUCGCUGCCUUUUCGGCGGAGUGGGCGGGCCGAGGCCAAAGUCCAAGCAACGGGCACCGCGUCCG